GUGAAGAUAGAGACAGAAUAUUUGACAUAGAAAAAGAAAUCUUUUUUGAAUUCUUUCUGGAAACCAAGUAGCAAUUGAUUGAUUGAUUGAUUGAACUUCUGGAGUCAGGGCCAUUUUCUGUAAGGCUUUCGAAAAUACUGACCCAUUGAAAAGAUAAAGGAUUGCCUGCCAAACUUUUUUCCCUCCCAUUUUCUUUUUCUUGUAGAUCACACUCAAAAUUCACAACUAGAAGGAAAAGCAAGACUCUCCUGACUCUCUGGACUUCAAGGAUAUCAUUAUGUUAUAUUGGAUGAAUUUAAACUAGACAAGACUUCUUUCUAAAACACUUCGAGAAAGACUUGCAUACCUUGUACACUUCCCAAGUGGAGAGUGAUUUGGUAUUUUGGAACUUGUACAAAGCUUCUGCAUGUUUUUCUUCAACCAGCGAAUGUCCUGGAAACCCAGCAUACCUUCAAGUGAGCUUGCCUGAGGGAAGAGGAACACAAGAGAGGAGAGACAAUUGAACAUCACCAUUGGCCAAGACCUGAAAAAAUGGUGCUGGAUGAACACAGGAUUAGAACUUAAUUGUAAAAGGGAAGGGAACUCUUGACAGGCGAUUUGCUUCAUUUCCACAUUCAUCAUGGCACAAAUCCUCUGGCUGGCUGGUUGAUGGGACUGUCCAACACUUCUGCUUAGGUUCAGUGCAGAUCCCUUCUGCUUACACAUCGAAAGACCUGGGAACAGGUGGGAACUGGAUGGUGCCAAAUACAGGAAUGGAAAGAGAAAUGGACUCUGACAAGUUAAGAUGGAAGUGACUUGACAGCACCAAGCUCGGCAGUUGUCUCCAGUAAGGACAGGUUGAGACGGGAAUCUCAAGCUUCUCUGGAAGAGCAGUAUGCAGGAAGCUGGUUUUCAGGCCACAAAUGCUUUCACAGAGUGCAAAUUCACCUGCGCCAGUGGCAAAUGCUUGUAUCUUGGUUCACUGAUUUGUAACCAACAGAAUGACUGUGGGGAUAACAGUGAUGAAGAGAAUUGCCUGCUUGUAACAGAGCAUCCACCUCCAGGCAUCUUUAGCUCUGAACUGGAGUUUGUUCAAAUCAUCAUUAUAAUCGUGGUUAUAACUGUUAUGGUGGUAGUGAUCAUCUGCUUGUUGAACCAUUACAAACUCUCCACACGCUCCUUUAUCAACCGACAGAGCCAAAGCAGAAGGCAGGAAGAAACUCUGCAGACGGAGGGGUGCUUGUGGCCUUCAGAAAGCUCGGUUUCACGCCAGGGUGCUUCAGAGAUCAUGUACGCCCCAAGGUCCAGGGACAGGUUUACCACCCCAUCUUUCAUGCAGCGGGACCGUUUCAGUCGCUUCCAGCCCACCUACCCUUACAUGCAGCAUGAGAUCGACCUUCCCCCGACCAUCUCCCUGUCGGACGGUGAAGAGCCGCCGCCGUACCAGGGCCCGUGCACCCUGCAGCUCCGCGACCCUGAGCAGCAGAUGGAGCUCAACCGGGAAUCCGUCAGGGCGCCGCCCAACCGAACCAUUUUUGAUAGCGACUUGAUAGACAUCUCGAUGUACAAUGGGGGUCCCUGCCCACCCAGCAGCAACUCGGGCAUAAGUGCAACCAACUAUAGCAGUAAUGGAAGGAUGGAAGGACCACCCCCGACGUACAGCGAGGUCAUGGGGCAUUACCCAGGCUCCUCUUUUUUCCAUCACCAGCACAGCAACAUGCCUCCUUCCUCGCAGAGGGGGAGCAGACUUCAGUUUCAGCAGAACAAUUCAGAGAGCACAAUAGUCCCCAGCAAAGGCCAGGACCGGAAGCCAGGAAACCUGGUCUAAGUGACUCGCCCAGGUGUGUUUGGACUGAAGACGGGAGAUCCCAGCAGGCGGUGGAGGAAGAGCCCCGUGCUCCGGUGCACAGUGUUGUUACGUUUCACGUGGUACAACUGAGUAAAACCAAACGUGCAAACCA